GCUGGUUGUCACUGGCUCUGGCUGCUGCAGAGGCCUCACUGCCUGGGCCAGCUCUGAGGGCCCCACUCGGCAGCCUCUCCUGGUGGCCCUGUCUGUCAGGACCCAGGGUCUACCUACUCAGCAGCUCUCCUGUUGCUAAUAUGCUCAGCCCUAAGGAGCCUGUGGAGCCACAGACCCCAGUGAAGGGCGCUCGGCGGGCAAGCAGCAGGGACAGCACCCACCGUGAGGACCUGAGACGGGGCCUGGGCACCUUCCAGCGGGCCUUCUCCCUGGUGAGCCAGCGGGCCUCCAACUCCUGGCGCAGCUCCCGAUCCCUGUUCCGGUCCUUACGGCUCUCCCUGGACGAUAGGCCAGCCACUGUCGAGUGCCAGGCCACUGCUGAGCCAGAGCCAGGCCAUGGCCCAGAGGUGCCCUCCAGAGUCAUUGCCGGUGUCAGCAGGCAGUCAUCCACCAGGGUGGAACCCCAGGAACUGGAACCCGAGGCAGGCAAAUCUGUGGCGGAUCUCAUCACCGAACGGCAGCUGCUGGCCGCCUUCCAACAGCUACAGCACCUGGAAACACAGCUGUUGGCAGAGAAAGCUUCCCAGACCUUCGAGCAGGACCCCACGGACUUCGCACGGCGUGCCAUGGAUGUGUGCCUGCAUUAUGACGGGCUGGCGGCGGAGAUCCGCACCAUAGUGCGCGAAACGCUGGGCCCGGACGGCGUGGACGCGAACGCGCUGGCUGAGCUGGCCCACGCGGUGCGCGCCGAAGAGGAGGCCCACCCGGUGUCCCCUGCCAAUGGCGACUUCCUGCGCACGCCACGCCGCUGGCGCCAGCACUGGGAGGAUGCAGUAAAGCGGAACGCGAAGGAGCGCGUGCAGCAGGCUGGAGCCAGGGAGGCCCCGGAGGAGGGAGCCGAGAGUGCAUCAAGCCUGGCCCGACUUCUGGCGGAGCUUGGCGGCUUGGUUCGCCGCGACCUGCAGAAAGUACGGCUGGAGGUACAGCCUGCGUAUGCAGCCGCGGGCUUCCCGGCAUGGGAAACCUACUUGCGCGCCUACCACGGCGCGGUUGCCCAGCGCCUCCAGGAGCUCGCGCAGGACGCCCGCGGCUGCGAGCAGCUCUACAUCCUGCUGGACUGGGCUGCCAACGUCUAUGGCAGUCCAAAUUUCCUGGGCUCCCCGGACCUGACUCUGUCCACGGAGCCGCUGCCCCCGCUCCUAGCACCGGAUGUGUGGGCCAAACUGGAGAGCGAUUACACCAGCUUCUUGGAGACCAAGAUUGCAAGCUACCUCGAUAACAUCCUGCAGCUAGAACAGAGCCGCUGGGCGGCCGCCGAGGCCCCCGAGGUGCUGCAGGGCCGUUACCACACGCCACUGUCCAUCGACAUCCACAUGCUGGUGGCAGAGCACGUGAAGGCGGCGAGGGCCAUCUCUGCGGAGCUGGAGGCCACCACCUUGCGGAUCUGCGCUCAGGCGCUUGGCCCCUUCGUGUCCAGGUUUCAAAAGGCCUUUCUGGAGUCGAAGGCGGUGAACGAGCCGAACCUGGGCGCGAACAUCAACGCCUGCGAGGAGCUCAGGACUAGUCUUCUGGCCAGGUUCUCAGGAGCCUUUGUGGAGCUGGAGAAGCCCCUGGUGGCUGCCACCUGCUUCUUCCAGAAGCAGCUGCUCCAGGGUUGGCAGCAAGAUGUGAAGCCGCUCUUCAGGGUCCUGUGCACCAAGGACUGGCUGACAGAGGACCCCCUGCAACCCCUCAUGGAAAAGGUGGUAGCCUUUGCCAGCCACCUGGAGCAUGUAGAGCCACUUCGUGCGCAGGAGAUUUUGCAGGAGGUGCACCGUUAUGUGGUCCGCGAGUACCUGGUGCAGGCGCUGAGGCCACGGGAGCGGUUCCGGGGCAUGGAGCGCACGACUGCCUCCCAGAGGAUGGGCCUGGAUGCCCAGACCAUUAGUGACGCCUUCCAGGGCUUGGGCUCCGAGGCCACGUGGCUGGGCCAAGCGAUCCCAUGCGUGGCUGACAUACUGGGUGAGACUUACAAAGACAACAUCCAGCAGCACCUGGAGGCGCUCAUCCGGAGCUACCCCGACAUCAGGCGUGACCACGUGCUGGCCAUUCUGGCACUGCGCCAUCUGGGCCACCGUCAGAACCAGCACCUCUUGCAGCACGCCCAAGACCUGCUGAGGGCUUCAGCCCAGACAGGGGACUCGGGGACCUCUGGGGGCCAUGUGCUCUUUGCGGAAAUCGAGGUGUCCACCUCCAUGGAUGUGCUCGUCACCUGUAUCUGGUGCCCGUGGACCUGAGCAGAGCGAACCUCGGGUGGGGACUGCAGUAGGUGGAGGCUCAACCACUGUCCCCCAGGCCCUGAGCCCCAAGCUGGGCCUCCAGGGAGGUGCUCUCAGCCCUGCCCUCAGCCUGAAGCCCAGAGUCAUGACAUUUUUAUCCUCUGCGGAGCACGGCUGCUCGCCAGAAGGGACAGCAAUAAUAGAGGCAUUUCAGGCAUCUGUGGGGGGCAGAGGCUCCCUUCCAUACUGCCCACCAGGGAAGGCCUCCUUGCCUAACUGCCAGCCACACCCCCAGUCUGAAAGUGAGAAACAGGUUUUUAAAAAAAUAAAUGUGAAUUAAAAUGGUGC